AUGAAGAGAAUACAGUACAGCAAGAGAGUUGCAAAGCAGCUGCUCUUUCAAACGACUCGUCACUCAUCAACAACGCCAGCCCCCCUAAUUCGGACAGCCGCCGAGGCGGCGUCUCAUAUGAUGGAGCACUUUGCACAAAAGGUCACCAAGCGUAGCCAAUACAUUGACGCGAAUCAACUGCGAAAGCUCGCAGUAACACUCGGCCGACCAGUCCUUGAUGGCCACGACAUGCGCAGGAUGAGUGCGCCUGCGGGCACUCCCGUGCCCCCGGCGCACCACCUUGUCUACUUCACACCAGACGAUGUCGAAGCCGAUCUUGGUGCUGACGGGAGUGACCGAGCGUUCAAUGCGCCCGCCCCGUUUACAAGGAGGAUGUGGGCAGGUGGUCACAUCAAGUUCGAUAGGGGGAACCCCCUGAGAGUAGGGGACGAGGCGGAAGAGCACACGAAGCUCAUCAGUGCGGUGGCCAAGACGAGUCGAUCUGCUGGUGAGAUGGUACUUGUCGAGGUAGAGAAAAAGCUUUACGGAACACAAGGGCUGGCGUUGGUCGAUAAAAGAUCGUGGAUCUUUCGACCAGUGAUACAAAGGCAGUCUGAUGCUCGGGGGGGUGUGGCCCCUCGGAGUGUCAACGGCAGCAUCCUAGCUCCGUCUUCAAUGUCUGAUGUGAUAUUGGACAACAAUUGUGAGACCGCCGAGGGCCACCCUGGCGUCGUGGUUCACGGACCCUUAAAUGUCAUCAACUUGCUGGAUUACUGGAGAGACAUCCAUGGACAGGGUACAAGUCCUGAUGAGAUUUUCUACAGGGCCGUAUCACCUGUCUAUGCAGGAGAGGAAUAUCAAAUUCGAACCUUGUCCGUCGUAUCCGUUUACACAGACUUGGUGUCCGAGUUGGUGGCAGAGAGGGACGGAGUGGUGAUAAUGAAGGCCACUAUUAUCAAGAAAGCAUAG